AUGGCAUCUCUCAAUCCGAAAAUUCAAGUUGUACCACAGACCGUUCUGUUCACUCAACCGAUCAAUAACAAUUUAACUAUCAACAAUUUGGGUAAUACUACUCAAAAUAUUCGUCAGUCCAUUUCUCAGAAUGCUACCGUUGGUAUAAAUUCCAAUCUAAUUUCCUCAUCACCAAACAUUGUUCGUAUACCGUCCUCGUCUAUUCAACAACCACAACAAAUCCCAUCUGCAAUUUGGUCAUCGAUUCAGAAUCCAUUUCAUCCUCAACAACAACAAAAUGGUGUUAUUCAGCCAUCUGCUCAAAUUCAGGCUGUUCAACUACAAGGAAUUCAAAGAAUUUUUGUUUAUAAUAUAGAGCCCAUUCAAUAUACACCGGGAACACUUCAGACUGUGCUCACUCAACGUCCACAAACAAUUGGUACCUCAAAUUUAGCUCUUGCAUCGAAUAAUCAACACCAACUAUGGUCAUCGUCAACCACUAUUACAUCACCAGCUUCUGUUUCUUCUUCGUCCGCAAUAAUGGUACCUACUACUCUAAUAACAACCACAAAACCUUCUCAAGUUAUUCAACAACAGAAGUUACAACCUCAACAAACAACAUUUACUGAAUCACAAGUGAUCGAUUUCGUAUCAAAAUGUCGGACAUUUUUAACUACAUUGCUGAAAUUAGCCGAAAAACAAGCACCAGAUAAAUUACCAAUGGUUAAACAAUGUAUACAGGAAUUACUGGAAGGUACAAUAGGUCCAGAAACAUUUACCGAUCGAUUGCAUACAUUAUACAAGUCGCAACCACAUAUGUCAUUAGUGCCAUUCUUUAAAGUAAGAAAAUGUUGAUUUUUUUGUUUUUUUACUAGAUCUGUAGCAACAAAUGUAAAUGAUAAAACUUUGGUCAAAAAAGUUACAUUUUACAUUUACAAUCUUUUUUUAUCGGCUGCGUUAGAACAGAAUUCUGUUCUAACGCAGCCGAUAAAAAAAGAUUGUAAAUGUAAA